GGCUGCGGGGGCGGCCGAGAGGGGCGGGCCGGGCCUGGCGGGGCGGCAGGGGCUGCUGAGGGGGCCUCAAGGCCUGCCGGGCGCCAUGGGCCAAGGCAGCGGAAGCGGCGGCGGCGGCGAGCCGGAGGCCAAGGCUCUCCACACCAAGAGGCUCUACCGAGCUGUGGUUGAAGCAGUGCAUCGAUUGGAUCUCAUUCUUGGAAACAAGGCAGCUUAUCAAGAAGUAUUUAAGCCGGAGAACAUCAGCCUGAGAAACAAGCUCCGCGAACUGUGUGUAAAGCUGAUGUUCCUACACCCUGUGGACUAUGGGAGGAAAGCAGAGGAACUGCUAUGGCGGAAAGUUUACUAUGAAGUCAUUCAGCUGAUCAAAACGAAUAAAAAGCACAUUCAUAGUCGGAGCACCCUGGAGUGCGCCUACCGGACUCACCUGAUUGCUGGCAUCGGGUUUUACCAGCACCUGCUUCUCUACAUCCAGUCUCACUAUCAGCUGGAGUUGCAGUGCUGCAUUGACUGGACCCACGUUACGGACCCCCUGAUAGGUUGCAAGAAGCCAGUCUCUGCAUCAGAGAAGGAGAUGGAUUGGGCUCAGAUAGCCUGCCACCGGUGUCUGGUCUACCUGGGGGAUUUAGCUCGCUAUCAGAAUGAAUUGGCAGGUGUAGACACAGAAUUGCUGGCUGAAAGGUUUUACUAUCAAGCUCUUUCCGUGGCCCCACAAAUUGGGAUGCCUUUUAACCAACUUGGGACGCUGGCUGGAAGUAAAUACUACAAUGUGGAAGCUACCUAUUGCUACUUGCGCUGCAUUCAGUCGGAAGUGUCCUUUGAAGGCGCUUACGGGAAUCUCAAGCGCCUCUACGACAAGGCAGCCAAAAUAUAUCACCAGCUGAAGAAAUGCGAGACCCGGAAGCUGUCCUCAAGCAAAAAAAGGUGCAAAGACAUUAAAAGGUUACUGGUGAGCUUCAUGUAUCUACAGAGCCUCUUUCAGCCAAAGAGUAGUUCUGCCGACUCGGAGCUGACCUCCCUCUGCCAGUCGGUCCUGGAGGAAUUGAACCUCUGCCUUUUCUACCUGCCCUCUUCACCCCACCCGAGCUCCACCACAGAGGAGGAGGAGGAGUGGGAGAACGGCUGCUCCUUCCUGCCAGACCUGCUCAUCUUCCGCAUGGUCGUCAUUUGCCUGAUGAGCGUCCACAGCCUCAAGAGGGCAGGCUCCAGACAAUACAGCGCAGCCAUUGCCUUCACCCUGGCCCUCUUUUCACAUCUGAUUAACCAUGUCAACAUCCGCCUCCAGGCCGAACUGGAAGAAGGAGAGAACCCAGUUCCAGCCUUCCAGAACGACGGCACCGAGGGCCCAGAGGGCCAGGAGAUGGCAAACUCUGUCGAGAGAGAAACGGAGGCCGACCCAGCCAGCCACCGGGCCCCGGGGGAGCCACGGCAAAACGACAGCCAAAAGGGCAAGAAGUAUUCGCGCCUGUCUUGCCUGCGCCGUCGCCGCCGGGCCCAGAAGGUGGACGAGAGCGACUUGAGCGAGGGCUUCGACUCGGAUUCCAGCCCCGAGUCCACCAAAGCCAGCGGCGCCUCGGAGACGGGCUCCGAGAAAAGCGACGAGGAAGCCGAGGCGGCCUUCGACAUGGAGACCGAUUCUGACAUGAACAGCCAGGAGUCCCGCUCGGAUCUAGAGGACAUGGAGGAAGAGGAGGAGGCUGAGGCCGAGACCGAAGGGGGCAGCGGCCAGCCUCGGGGUGUCAAGAAUGGGACCAGGGGAGCCCCAGACUUUGUGGCAAGCGAAGGGGGUCGGCUGCCGGACUCAAAGGGCCCCAGCCUCCCCAAGACUGAACCUCCGGAGCCCGUGGCCAACGGGCCAGGCUCCUUGGGCGGAAGUGAGGCCAGCAUCGCCAGCAACCUCCAGGCCAUGUCCACGCAGCUCUUCCAAACCAAGCGGUGCUUCCGGCUGGCCCCCACUUUCAGCAACGUCCUUCUCAAGCCGGGCUGUGGGCCGCCCGCCCCGAAGGAGGCAGCAGGAGAUGGCAAGCCUUGUGUAAACGGGGAUGUGGAGAGGUCGGCCGCACCUGAGCCAGACGAUGUUUCCGAGUCGGAAGAAAGCAUUUCCAGCAGCAGAUCCUGCCGGAACGAGCGCUCGCUCCAAGAGAAGCUGGAAAUUAUAAGUGGCGAAGGAUUGCUGCCCACGGUCAAGGUGUUCCUGGACUGGCUGAGAACAAACACCGACCUCAUCAUCAUGUGUGCGCAGAGUUCGCAGAGUUUAUGGAAUCGGCUUUCGGUCCUCCUGAACCUGCUUCCUUCAGCGGGAGAUCUGCAAGAUUCAGGGUUGUUUCUCUCCAGCGAAGUGAAGAGCAUGUUGUCGGGCUGCGAACUUCCCGACUUGAACACUUGCUUGCUCCUGCCAGAAGAUGUGGCCCUCCGCAACCUGCCCCCCUUGAAGAGCGCGCACAAGAGGUUUAACUUCGAGCAGGACCGGCCUGUCCUUACCGAAGUGGAGGAGUCCGUGGUUCGCAUCUGUUGCAUCCGAAGCUUUGGCCAUUUCAUCACCCGUUUGCAAGGCAGCAUCCUGCAGUACAACUCCGAAGUGGGGAUCUUCAUCAGCAUCGCGCAGUCGGAGCAGGACGGCCUGCUGCAGCAGGCCCAGGCGCAGUUCCGCAUGGCUGCCGAGGAAGCCCGACGGAACCGGCUGAUGCGUGACAUGGCCCAGCUUCGGCUGCAGCUGGAAGUGUCCCAGCUGGAAGGCAGUCUCCAGCAACCCAAGGCUCAGUGUGUGAUGUCCCCUUAUCUGGUCCCGGACACCCAGGCCCUUUGCCAGCAUCUCAGUCCCAUCAGGCAGCUGGCCGCCAGCGGCAGAUUCAUUGUCAUCAUUCCGCGGACAGUCAUUGACGGCUUAGAUUUCCUGAAGAAGGAGAAUGCAGGCGCUCGCGACAGCAUCCGAUACUUAGAAGCAGAAUUUAAAAAGGGAAACAGGUACAUUCGCUGUCAGAAAGAAGUCGGGAAAAGUUUUGAGAGGCAUAAGCUGAAGAGACAAGAUUUAGAUGCUUGGAACCUCUAUAAGAUCUUGGACAGCUGUAAGCAGCUGACCGCCUCUCAGGGAGGCAGCGAAGACGACACGGCUGGCAUGGUGACCGUCAUCACCGGCUUCCAACUUGAGGAUCCCAGCAAACUUUCUGCUCCCAUGCAGUCCGCCAUCCAAGCAGCGGCCAGCGCCAGCAUUGAGAUCCAGAACGUUGUGGAGUUUUACAAGCAGUGGAAGGAGAUGGGCUGAGCCCCUCGGGACCACCGGGUUGGUUGAAGCUCCGUCUGCCCGUCUCUGGACGCACCGCAUUGGAACGAAAGAACGUCAAACCGCAGGCGCUAACUUGGACACGAUGCAACCGCGGCGGCAACCCACCAAAAGAAAAAACCCGAGCAACCGGGAUGUGUGCGCCAAACACACAGGCGCGGGGGACGCGCACACAACACGCACGCUAACUGCCCCGCCAUCACCUCCCCUCCCCGCAGAGGAGGUGGCGCGCGUGGGGACAUCGCAGCCCCUCUGGGGGAGAGAGGCGCACCUUGGCCGCGUCCCGGAGAGACAGCGGCGGGCGGGAGGGGGUUCCGUUCUCGACGCUCGCUCGGUUUCUCGUUGUCAGAAAAGGCGCCGGCGGCUCGCCUCCCGCGCUUAACAAUGAAACAAAAUGGAAAUUCCCUUGAUUUACCCCCACCCCCGUUUCCUCACUGCAGGGAGAAACCUUCCCAAAGGGCCUGCGUGAUCCUAGCGGGAAUCAAUCAGGAUCUCCAAAGGAGGCUCUCUUGGAAACCAGCGGUGGGGAAAGGGGGCACGCUCUCCUCUUUUGUUUUUAACUUAAAUGUUCCCUCUUUUUUUGUCCCUCCUCCCUUGCUUUGUUUCUCGGGCGAAAUUGACUCGGGUUUUUUUUCGGAGGGGGGGUCCCUGCAUUCCGGAGCAGGACAGAGGGAGGCCGGGGCGCCGGUCGGACUUCGAAACCUUGGAAAGAAUGGCCAGAGUCGCAAGGGAAACGGGUUUUAGGUUUUAGGACGGGAAGCUAUUUAUUCCUUGUCCCCCUCCCCCUUUUUUUCAUUCUUUUCCUCUGAAGCUGUCGCAACCAUGCCUUCCUUCUCCGCAGCCCCGGAGCCUUUGCAUGCCGUCUUCCCUCGCCCCUUUCCUGGAUGCUGUGUGUAUGUGUGUGUGUGUGAGAAUCCCUGCAAAAGAGAAGGGCCUGCAGAACGGGAAAAAGGGGCUUUCUAGCUAAAAAAAAAUAAUAGAAAAAUUAAAAAAAAAAAAACCCCAAACCACCGAUACUAACUUUGGUUGUUGUUUUUUUUAAACCAGGGGACUGACUCGGAUGAACCUGGCCUCCUCUUUUCCCCCUCUUUCCCUGUAGAAAGUGCGAUGCAGGAGAGGACGCUGGGAUUGGCUUUGCCCCACUCGGUAUAACCGAAGCGGCAGGUAUCAGUCAGUGGUCCCUAACCAAGCGCCUGCCUUUCUUCUCUGUAAUAACCACCAGAGACGUUGUCCUUCGGGUGCGUGCGCUUAGCUUAUUCUGACCGUGUGGGGCGUGGCGGGCCUGGAAAUCCAUUUUUUUCUCCCCCAGCCUUGCCUAGACGUGGAAAAGGAAGCGUGGGGGCUUCCACUAGCCAUGCGGACAUCGGCAUCCUCAACCUGCCCCCACCCCCUUUCCGCUUCGUGCGACGGCAGAGAAAAUUUUGAUCUCGUUCUCCCACCUGCGUUGCGGCUCUGCCACGGGUAACCACGGCCUUUGGCUGCUUUCUCGGUCUCUCUCUCUCUCUUUCUCUGCUUUUCCCUCUAAUGCCUCCCCUCUCCCCCCACCCACCCAAGGCCCCUCCCAGGAGAAGGCAGCUCUUCUCAGCUCCUUCCCUUUUGGAGUGGUAGGCAGACCCACUCCAGCUUGCGGUUGCAGAAACGGUGCCCAGGAAGAGCAGCAUUCUGCCGAUGGGUCCUGCUUUUGAAUCCCGGCAACGGAAUUAGCCCUCCUGGCCCCCCACCCACCUCCCUCUGACCCAGGAAGGGAUCAAGGGGAGAAGCCCCCUCAAGCCUGCCGAGAGACUCGGAGCGGGGCUGGCCUGCGGGUUCGAAUGGGGGGGAUGGUGGAGGUCUGAGCACAUUCGGCUUCUAAGACACCUGCAGGAGAGCGAACUCUGCAACCGUCAACAUCUGUGGCACAAUUUUUGGCAUUGAUUUAACUUGGGGGUUGUGGGCUUUUUUUGGGGGUGGGAGGGAGGUGGGCGGUUGGGAUCGAAGCUCAUUCAGAAGGGACAUUUUUAAAAAAUGAAGAGCGUUAAGGGUCUCCCCCCUCCGGCAAACCGAGGCUGGCGGUCUGGUCAGGGGGUUCUCUUCAAGUGCUUCUCGGGGGGGGGGGGGAGGGAGGAAGGGAGGGGUGCAUCGGUCUGAGCCACGGCUGUCCUGUCUGUUGACACAUGUCAAGAG